AUGAUCUUCGAGCACAUUCCAGGAGUGGAGACUAUGAUGGAUGACAUCAUCGUCUGGGGAUCCACAAAAGAAGAACACGAUGCGAGAGUGAGACAAGUGCUGGACCUGACACGGAAAGUCAGCCUAAAACUAAACAAGGACAAAUGCGAGUUUGGUGUGAAAACACUUACCUUCGUGGGAGAUGUACUUUCAGAGGACGGUGUCAAACCAGACCCGAGGAAAACAUCAGCCAUCAACAACAUGGAGCGCCCGAAGAACAAGGACCAUGUGAGACGCUUCAUGGGCAUGAUCACCUACCUUGCAAAGUUCAUACCUCAACUGUCAGCACAGUCCGCUCCACUCAGAUGUCUUCUGGAACAGAAAAAUGAAUGGGAAUGGUCCCAUGAACAGGAAAACUGCUUCAAAAACCUAAAGAAGACAAUCACAGAAGAGCCAGUGCUCAGGUUCUAUGAUCCAGAGAAAAGCACAAGGAUUUCUGCAGACGCGUCACAGUUUGGCCUGGGAGCAGUUCUUCUGCAACAGCAUGACGACACAUGGCAACCCGUCGCUUAUACGUCCAGAGCCUUGACAGGCGCAGAGACAAGUAAAGCAGUUAAAAUUGGCAGAAAUCUGGAGGUUCCCAACCCCCUUAAGAUGUACGGCCUGUACUUGGAAGCAGUGAAUGAUUAUAUCAACGAGUCGUACGGAGAGGAUGUAUGGAGGCUGAUAGAGGCCCGGGCAGAGAUACCGCAUCUCAAGUUUGUCCGCCAUCAGAUGUACAAUGACAACCUGAUCCUGCGGCUAGCCAAGGCAGCUGGCGAGGUCCUGGGGAAGACCCAUGAUGAGCUCAUGUAUGCCUUCGGGGUUUACAUGGUGAAGAGGAUCGGGAACUACGGCUACGAGAGGAUUCUCAAGGUGUUGGGGCGUAAUGUGCGUGACUUCAUCAAUGAGCUGGACAACCUGCACGAGUACUUCCGCUUCUCUUUCCCCAAGGUGCAGCCUCCCAGCUUCUGUGUGGAGGAGGAGUGUGAGACCAGCCUCACCCUGCACUACCGCAGCACCCGCAAGGGCUUCACCCAGUUUGUCAAAGGCCAGCUGUCUCAAGUGGGAAGGCAGUUCUACAACACAGACAUUGAAGUUGAGAUCCUGUCCAAAGAAGAGACCGAGAAGAUGACAUAUGUGAUCUACAAGAUGAACUUUGACAACGCUGCCUUCAAGCACCGCAUGCCCCAACAGAAGACGGCCCCGGGGUACGAGAAGCUACCCAUGAAGAGGGGCAUCUUUUUCGACAUGUUCCCCUUUAGUGUGAUCUUCCGCCGGGACAUGACCAUGUACCGCAUUGGGGACGGCCUAAAGGAGGUCUUCUCCGACCUGCAGGGCAAGAAGGUCAACGAAGAGUUCACCCUGGUGCGGCCCAUGCUGGAGUUCAGCUGGGACAACAUCUACACCCACCUUAACAAUGUGUUUGAGCUACUGUCCAAAGCUGUGGUGGAGAGCAAGCAGAAGGUGAAUGUCCCUAAACUGAGCAAGGAAAAGGAAGAUGAGGGAAAAGAGGAGAGCGAGAAACCCAAGAGAGAGGAAGAGAGAGAUGUGAAGUCUGUGGAGGAGAUGAAGGGAGACCAGGAGUUCAGCAGUGCUCUGACUCAGUACAACAGCUCAGCCAACUCAGGGGGAGAGGACAUCGAGCUGCUCGCCUUCCAGACUGUCACCGGGAAGUGCAGUGAAACCAUCUUCGAGGAUAUGAGGGAACCUCCCAAGAAGCCCCUCCACCUGAAGGGUCAAAUGAAGUACGUCCCCCAGUGGGACUCGCUCAUCUUCCUCAGUACUCCCAUUAUAGAGACAGUGGAGGACAUGAUUAAAAUGGGCGUCUAUGUGAAUGAUCUGAACCUACACGACUCCAGCCGAGAGCUCAUCUUAGCCGGAACACAGCAGUCGGCUGAACUUCAGCUGGCUCUUGACCAGGAGCAGCAGAAGUAUGCCCAGCUCCAGGAGAUCAUCAAGAAGCUGGACGAGGAGAAGAAGAGAGGAGACUCCCUCCUAUACGCCAUGAUCCCCAAAGCUGUGGCUGACCGGCUCAGGAAGGGUAUCACGGCCCUGGAGACAUGCCAGGUGUUCCCGGACGUGACCAUCCUAUUCAGCGACGUGGUGAAGUUCAACGAGAUCUGCAUCCACAUCACGCCCAUGCAGGUGGUGGACAUGCUCAACGAGAUCUACAUCGUCUUCGACACGCUCAGCGAGAAGCACAACGUCUACAAGGUGGAGACCAUCCGAGAUGCCUACAUGGUGGUGGCAGGCGUGCCCAAUAAGACAACCUUCCAUGCCCACCACAUAUGUGACAUGGCCCUGGACAUGCUGAGCUCCAUCGACCACCUCAAAGACCCCUCCACUGGAGACAACAUCCAGAUCAGAGUCGGGAUCCACUCAGGGAUGGUGGUGGCUGGGGUGGUGGGGCUGAAGAUGCCUCGCUACUGUCUGUUUGGAGACACCGUCAACACUGCCUCCCGCAUGGAGAGCAAUGGGGUGGGCAUGCAGAUCCACAUAAGUCAGACCACCAAAGACCACUUGGAACAUGAGCCCUACAUAAUUGAGGAGAGAGGAAAGAUUUUUGUGAAGGGUAAAGGCUACAUGAAGACAUAUUGGCUGAAGGGGAAGAAGGACCUGUCGUUUAAGACUCCAGCAGAGCUCCGCUACAGCAGUGAACAGAAGGACUCAGAGGACAGGAGCUCCAAUGGGUCCACCUGCACCAACACCAAGCGCUCCACCUCCAACCUGAACAUUCCCAACGAGGAGCAGGCAGAGGGCAAGCCCACCCCCACAGAGCUGCCUGCAGAGCCCUUACCUUCACUAGAGGGCGCCCCCGAGGACCCCACAGACCCCACCGAGCCCCAGGAGAAGAAAGUAAAAAAGAACACUAAGAACAACAACAAAGGGGGCGUGGCCAAGCCCGAAGCUCCUCCCCAGCAGGUCAAUGUAGUGCAGGAGAGUGCAGUGCUUCCUGCUGCUGCCCAGGAGACCCCCACGGCCCCCCCGGCCACCGCCGCCCCAGUGCUCAACAACAAGAAAAACAGCUUCAGGCACCACACCAAGCUGCCCGCCCACCUUCCCAUGCGCAGCACUUCCUGCUGCCUACUGUGA